GGGCUGAAGUGGAUGGCAUAGGACCUGUAUACUAACAUUUUUAAACACUGAACAGCACUGGGCUUUGGGGAUAAACCUUUGCAGUGUGAGAGCUGGAAUACAACCAAUUUUUUAGUUUGGGACAAUUCACAGACUUGUGAGGAGAGCAGCCUUGAGAAAAAGCAGACACACCAGCCAGUCCUGAUGGCAGGCUCUUGGGGGUCAGCCUGCACUGGACUCUGGCUCUAGCAGCCCACUGGGACCUCACUUCAACUAGGAACAUUCCACAGCAGGACGAGUGCCCAUGAGGUCGUUGACGCUGGUCCUGCUCUUCCUGAUCAGCGUCCAGGCUGCACUCAACAUGGAAGGCUACACCCACGCGCAGGGGCCAGCCAAUGAGCACGCAGCAUCGGAACAUUCAUACAGGCCUCAUGGCCAAACAAAGCAUAACUCACACUACGAUGACCUAAUCCCAAACGUGGACCCAAAACUCUUCAACAAGCGCCGUUACCACUCACCUCGCGUGCUUUUUAGCGACGUGAUCCCUACGGAAAGUGAAACAGGAGGUUCCAGGCACCCACGUGUUCGACGGAGAGCUAACGAGUUUUUGCAUCGUGGCGAGUACUCAGUUUGCGACAGCGAGGAGCGCUGGGUUGACAACUUGACCCGUGCCACAGACCUAGCAGAUAAUGAAGUCACAGUGCUGCCACACGUUCGCAUCAACAACGUCGUAAAGAAGCAGCUCUUCUUCGAGACAACUUGCCGUGUGUCUAAGCCCAGCAUGUCCCCCAAGCCCGGUCAGGGAGCCAGUGGCGUUAAAGCUGGAACCUCUAGCUGCCGCGGCAUCGAUAACAAGCACUGGAACUCUUACUGCACCAGCACGCACACAUUUGUGCGGGCACUAACAUCCUACAAAAACCAGAUCGCCUGGAGGUUCAUCCGAAUCAACGCUGCAUGUGUGUGCGUGCUAAGCCGCAAGUCAUGGAGGAGUGGAAAGUAUUGACUGGUGUCUCUGCCAAUCUGGUGCAGCCUCCUGUCUUAAGUCCCUUCCAUCUGUCAGUGAUAACAACCUUACUGCCAACAGCAGUGUCCGAGAACGCGCCGCUUUUCUUUUACUCUAUAUGUCGAAACCCAAUUCCUUCCUACCCUACCUCACUCUGUAAAUUAUUGGUCGUUUAAGUUAUGAGGACUGCAUGACAUAUUUAUAUAGUUUAUACAGUCAGAAUAUAAAUAUAAAUAUAUAUGUGUGUAUAUACAGUAUACAUGAAAGUAAACUUUUGUUGUGUUGUUGAUGUUCUUAUUUAUUAAACACCUCACUUCAG